AUGCUUCCAGAGCGGGAGAGAGAAACCGUUAUGAGAAUAAGCUGACCAAUCAGCGCUUUCGUCGGCAUCUGUCAGAUAGGUGCUGGAAAAUCGACCUAUCCGGCAAUGUAAAUAAUAUUUUUCAGAGUACGCAUAGAACUUUGGAUGUUUUGACAAUUUUCGUUUGUUUUUUUUUUUUCAAAUUGAAACACUUGUGUUCAGACGAUGACGACUGCUGAUUCUCCUCUUGCGCAUCACGCAACAUUCAAAACAAACCCACAUUCAGCUUAUCAAUCCCGUGUUCCUUCGUAGUUCGGCCCCUCGUGUGACAUGAUUAGAAUUCCGUUCCAUCUACGACCACCCCCGGGACGCACCCUCCACUCGCUGGUGAGGAGCUUUGCCUCAACGAAGCCGGCCGAUUUAUCCGGGACACAGGAAAAGAGCACCCGGCAAAAGAUCAAUUUCCACGAGCUUAAACAUCCGAGCAAGGUUCCCCAGCGUCCACACAAAUCUACGAUUGACGGUCAGUCGACACCAACCCGCAUUCCGGUGGACGCCCAAACGGUGCAGCUGCUGGAGCUGUUAAGCCUGGUGGAUCUGGACAGCGCCGGGGCCCACCGGACGCUCGAGGACGCGAUCGAGUUUGCGUCGCAGAUUCUGUCCGUGGACACCGACGGCGUGGAACCGCUGUACACGGUGCUGGAGCGGGAGCGGUUGACGCUGCGCGAGGACCGCGUGUCCGACGGGAACAUCCAGCAGGAUGUGCUGAGGAAUGCACGUACUACCGAGGAGGAGAACUUUGUGGCGCCACCGGGAAAUAUUCCACUCGAGCAGGAACCGAGGGAGUGAGCGGGGGAUGGUUGGUGGAAAGGGGAUCGUGGGCUUCCGACAGCUGCUGGAAGCUUGUAGGGAUAGUAAAUUUGUAGCGUUAGGUUUGGGGGAUAAUGUUGUGGACGGUUUUAAGCUGAGCCCGAU